UCCUAAACGUCACAUUCCAAGAGCAAGAGGAGUGAGGAUUAAAGUCAAGAAUCAAGAUCGAGGUUUGAUUUCAUUGAAAACGUAAAGAAAAUCGUUUACAGUGAGAAACAAGCACGACGUUUAUAAUUUGUGUCAAUUUUCUAAAAAUAUAAUUUAACAUGGUCGACUUUAUUUGUGGAAAAUUGUGAAUGUAAUCAUAUCGCGUUAGUGAUUUGGUUUGGGUCCUAUUGGAAACAUACUUGAGACAUAAUCGGUGUUAUAUUGUUCGUAAAUAGCACCGAAUAUGUCAGGCAGAAGAAAACCUCCGCCGCCUGGUUUUAGUUUCAAACCUCAGGAAGAGCAAGUGGAUGUGACGCCUCCAAGAAAUCUGGAUAAGCAGACAACUAUCACAGUAGAUGAUAAGACAUUUACUGUACAUGCCGAUGAUCUGGUAAAAAUAUGCGACCUUGGUCGAGGAGCUUAUGGUAUUGUGGAGAAGAUGCAUCAUAAACCCAGUAACACCACAAUGGCUGUUAAGAGAAUUUCCGCAUCAUUUAACAGCCAAUCACUGGAAUUAAAACGUUUGCUUAUGGAUCUCGACGUGUCAAUGAGAGCCAGUGCUUGCCCCUACACAGUUCACUUCUAUGGUGCUAUGUUCCGAGAGGGCGAUGUUUGGAUCUGUAUGGAGGUCAUGGACAUGAGCUUGGACAAAUUCUAUACAAAAGUCUACAAAAAUAACAAAACAAUAACAGAGAAUAUCCUCGGAAAAAUCGCUUUCUCCGUUGUCAGUGCCUUGCAUUACUUACACUCCAAAUUAAGAGUCAUACACAGAGAUGUGAAGCCUUCUAAUAUACUUAUAAAUAGAAAGGGAGAAGUGAAAAUGUGCGACUUUGGUAUAUCUGGAUAUUUAGUUGACUCAGUUGCAAAAACUAUUGACGCUGGCUGCAAACCAUAUAUGGCACCAGAACGAAUUGAUCCCAGUGGAAAUCCAGGACAGUAUGACAUCCGCAGCGAUGUCUGGUCUCUCGGUAUAUCUUUGAUUGAAUUAGCCACUGGAAAAUUCCCCUACAACACAUGGGGUACUCCUUUCGAACAAUUAAAGCAAGUGGUCAAAGAUGACCCCCCGAGACUUCCGACUGGACAAUUCUCUCCCGAAUUCGAAGACUUGAUAACGAAAUCGCUGCAAAAAGAUUACAAGAAACGACCCAACUAUGACGCUUUACUGACACAUCCGUUCUGUUUGGAACACAGUCAGAAGGAGACAGACGUAGCAUCAUUUGUUCAAGAAAUACUUGAUAUACCUGACGAAUCCUAGUACUACGAUUUGUUUAUUUUACCUACCUAUAAGUACAAGUGUUUAGUAACUAACAAUUUAGAUUAUGGAGAGAGCAUAACUCUUGUCAUUAACACAUUAAUUUAUGUUAAGCAAAAGGUUAGCCAUGUAGAUGUGUAGUGACGUAACAGGCGAUAAUAAUUACGUAAAAAUAGAUAUACUUGAAACAAAUGUAACGCUAACCUCAAACUGUGGCCUCUUAAAUUGGCUUGCGUAUUGUUACGACGACGACUGCUAUACAUAUAGCAUUUAACUUUAACACAUCACAAGGAAAUUAGUCGUAAUAAAAUAUUUGUUUACAA